UGUGCACAUACCUGCAAGGCUGGUACCUACCUACCAUAUAUCUACAGGACCUGCACCCUGCAUAUACGUCUCCCCAGCCAGCAGCCAUCUAUACAGCAAGGACCCAGUGAUAGCCUAGCAGCAGUGCCCACAGUGUGAGAGCUACAUGGUCUCACACAUGCCUGCACCCAUCUCCUUACUGCAGGUACCUCCUCCCUCCCUCCCCCUCCGCCUUUUGUUUUACUAUCACAGGGAAACCGACUCACAGCAAUUUCCUGUUGACACCGGAAUAUUUAGAAAGUCUCGGGAAGAAGAAGGAAAAGAAGAAGGCAGCGGCUGAGCCCAUUAUCAGUGUGGGAGUGUGAUUGGAACCCCCAUCCACCCCCCGACCUAAACCCUUGGGGUGUUACUCUGCCAGUCCCUGCUGGGUGCCUGCUCCCCCUGUACCAAACUUGGGUGCUGAAGAAGGGCAGACAUAGAUAGCCAGGGCUGGGAGACUCUGGGGAGAUCAAGAGGACAUCUCUAGCAGCAGAGCAGGGAAGAAGUCUGGGCUGCCUUCCAGGAGCUGGCCUGUCUGCAGAUCAGGUGCAGCACACUGUGGGCUCUGCUGCAUUGCUGCUGAAGGAGCUCUGCACUGCUUUGACUGCUGAGCUCUGCACUGAUACAGAACAGAGGACCAUCCUGCCUCUGCACCUGGCCUGGAUCUGGCAUUAAGGAACCUUCUCUGCUUCUGCUGUGAGCAGAGGGCAUGGUUUUUUCUGUACCCUCCAUGCUGUGCCCCUGUGCUGGCUGCUGAUGGCUGAAGCCUGGCUGGAGGAAGAGGAGGAGGAGCUGAGAGAGCUCAGGGACAGUGCUGGGAAUAGGAGACACAGGAGAUCUAACCUCAACCAGGCUGCAGAACGCCCGGAAAGAAAUAAGCCAGAGCACCGUUUUCCUGGACAAGGGCCUUUGUCCUCCAUAAGAGCUGUCAUUAAAAGAACUUCCAGGACCUCUACUCAGAACGAGCAACAACGAGACAGAAGGCGUCCUGAAAUCACUAUUGUUGCAGCUGAGCCAAUUGGACCUGGAUCCUGGUUUCAUGGGGGACCACCUGGAGGGUUAGGGUUUCCUCCACCACCUCCUCCACAGUGGAGACCAAGUGAAUCUCAUCCUGCAGAGCUACCACCAUCCUACGAACAAGUGAUUAAAGAGAUCAAUCAGGUUCAGGUUCCUACACCUAAUACUAAUGCAGAACCCAGACGUACAACAACCUGCGCAACACAGACUGACUUUCUAGUAGAAGAUGACCAUAAUGUGCCAAACAACAAUGUAAUUGGCCAACCACCCAUUUGCCAAGAACAGCCAACAUUAGUGCAAAGACCAUCCGAAUUAUCUCGCCAAUCAUUAUCAUUUGGGGUUAACCAUGUUAAGGAUAGUGCAUCCCAGAUAGCAGUUUGCAACGCUGCUGAAACAAACAUUCGACAACAAGACACAAAUGUCACUGUCAUUCGACAUCCAGUCCCUAGGCCAAGGACAAAAGCCAACAUCAAACCAGUGUUAAACAAUAAUCUAAGUAUCUUUCAAGCCAGUAGUGACGAGUUGUUUCUGUCUCCGCCAGAGGGACAGCUGCCUACCAAUAAAACUUGCUCAGGUUUUGCUGACAAUUUUGUGGGAGAUAUAAACAACAUGAGCCAAAACAGUAUUGUGUCCAGAAUUAAAGCUUUCGAGUCUCAAGGCGAAAGCUCAGAGCAGUCAAGAAGACCGGAAAUUGCACCACGUUCCAUUAACACAAAGAAUUCUGUCUCUGUAAGGCCAAUACCUGCACCGAAGCCGGUAUCCCAUAGGAUAUCUAGUGAGUGGGACCCUUCAAAAGACAACAAACCAAAAUUUACACCAAGAGAAGGUCUUGUCCCACCUAGAAUUCAAGAUCCUGGUGGUAUAACAAAACCAGAUCUGCCAAAGAAACCUAAGCCUAAUCUUGUGAAAAGUAACAGCAACGGUGUUGAGGCAGCACUGACCGGAAAUAAUGGGAAAGAUGCUGAGAGGAAAGUCCCUGUUCCUGCACCCAGGCCACUUCUUCCCAAGAAGCCACCACAGACUGAUAACCCAGCUACAGUGUCAGCAGGACCAAGGCUUCCUGUAACUGUUCCAAAACUUUCUGUAGCUACACAAGCCAAAGCAUUCACAGUAGCAGAAACUCCUGUAGCCAGACUCCCUCCACCACCUGUACAAAGUAAGCCAGUUGGGGAACUGGACCUGAUUAGUUUUGAUGAUGAUGUAUGUCCUCCUGUUGCAGUCCCUAGUCCGGAAUCCAGUGAUACUAAAUCGAUUGGAGAUCCCUUCCAGCUGUUUGCUAAAGAGGAGACUGAAGAAAAAGAACAACCCGCGCCAAGCGCUCUGCUGAGAAAACCCACAGUCAUCAGAAUCUCAGGCAAACUAGGGAAAUCUACCGAGGAUGUUCACAUUCCUCCACCACUUCCUUCGGAGAAACCCGUCGGGAGCCUUUACAACAAAUCCACUGCAAGACCCCGUCCGGUGGGCAGAAAACAGGAAUGGGAGCAAACGGAAAAUACAGAAGAUUCUUGGUCCAAGCCAGUGCUGCCUACAAGACCACUGGGUAUUAAAGUGAUGGAUACUAACCAACCACCACCGCAGAAAGGGCCACCUGGACGUCCUCCACCACCCAAAGUGUCUAAACCUGUCUCACACCGAGAUGGAUUCCCCCGGUCAGCCUCCGACGUGGGUUUGAAUGCAAAACACAACACAUCUGGAAUCAGCAGAUCAAAAAGUCAAGUUUUCAAGCGGCAGCAACCAGAUCUACCUCCUCGGCCGAAGCCCGGACAUCCCCUGUACAAUAAAUACACAUUGCCUCUGCCUCAUGGUAUUGCUGAAAGAGAUGUUGUAUCAAAUCAUCCCGGAGAACUAUCGUGCAAGCGUGGAGAAGUCCUGGUGCUCCUGGAACAGACUGACAGUAAUAACAUUCAGUGCCAGAAGGGUGCCGCAUCUGGAGAAGUUCGGGUUUCAAAUUUGAAAAUAAUCACUCCACUCAAGGACACCUUGGAGAACAAAACAAAAGACUUUAACUACGGAACAGAGAACAGCCAUGCACCUCAUGCAUUGGUUUUACAUGAUUUUACAGGAGAACAAGGCGAUGAUUUAAAUCUGAGUUCAGGAGAGAUUGUUUACCUUGUGGAGAGAGUAGAUAAUGAAUGGUACAGAGGAAAAUGUAAGGGGAGGAUUGGAAUGUUUCCUGCCAAUCACGUCAGAGUUGUGGUUGAUGUUCCAGAUAAGACAAAUUCCAGAUUACCCUCCUCAGCGUCCAACGCAAAGGGUCCAUGCUGUUUGGCACGAUUUGAGUUUAUAGGAGACCAGAAGGAUGAACUGAGCUUCUCCGAGGGUGACCUGAUAACUUUAAAGGAAUACAUCAAUGAUGAAUGGGUCAGAGGAGAGCUUAAAGGACAAACUGGAAUAUUCCCCAUUAAUUUUGUUGAAAUUAUAGAAGAUUUACCUAUACGGUCUUCAGAUGCUGUGAGUUCGCAAAAGAACAAGCUACCUGGACCAGCUACAGAGCAGAGUCGCACAUCUGGGGAAUGGUAUGAAGCUCUUUAUGACUUUAUGGCAGAGACUGAAGAAGACUUGCCCUUUAAAAAAGGAGAUAAGAUUCUAAUAACAGAACGCAUUGAUUCAGAAUGGUACAAAGGGCGCUUAAAUGGAAAGGAAGGGAUGUUGCCGGCCGCUUUUGUACAGCUCUCUUCAGUAGGAUUGAUACCGCCGCAAACUCAGGGAGGACAAACAGGAAAAGCUCGGGCACUUUAUGACUUCUGUGGUGAGAAUGCAGAUGAACUUUCGUUUAAGGCAGGUGAUACCAUAUCUUCCUUGGAAUCGAUCGAUAAUGAAUGGAUGAGUGGUGAACUGUGCGGGAAAUCAGGAAUAUUUCCUAAGAACUUUGUCCAACAGCUUUGUUAGCGUUAGCGCAGAUGUGCAUUGUAGCCACUUCCGAAAUAGACGAUCACCUUCGGUGCCAAUUGAAUUUUUUACAUUUUAGGUAUAACGUGUGAUAUUUUUGCACUAUUUUUUUUUUUUUUUUAAUUUAGGAACUAAAAUAUUUGUUAAGGUUUAUGUACAACCUGUUUACCGCCUUGUUUUGUAGGAGUACUUUUCAGUCCAGCUACAUACGUUUCAAAUACAUAUAGCAAUGGCAAUGUAGCAUCAUGAAGGGCUUUGGGAUAAGAAAAAAAAAAAGCCAAGAAAUUAUGACUUCUUCUGAUAUCCAUGUUAGUGCCACCAAUCCUCCAUUCACCUUCCGUCUCUUAAGGUGAAUGCCAGGGGUGGCCAUAUACAGUUAAGAAGUCUCUCAGUUUUGCUUGUUUGACGUUAUGGAACUGUGUACUAUACAUUUUUGAAACUUUUUGUAUUUUUUUUUAUAUACAAAUACAGUCUAGAAUCUUCUUUUUUUUUUUUUCUAACAUGAGUACAAUUAUUUGCGAGUCACAUGACUUAGUGUGUUAUUCUUCAGUACUAAGAACAUCCACAGUCCCUUCCAGUGCCUAAAUAUAUUAACAUUAAGGAUUUUAUUCAAAUUCUUCACAUUCAUUCCUUCACCAAAUAUACCUGCUUAGUUUUCUUUGUUUUAUCUCCAUAUAUUUCUAUUCAUUAUAUGUAUAUUUUUUUUUUUUUAUGGAUUACCACUUAAUUUAUCGACAUUCCACAUUUUCUUGUGUCUUGAAAUAUUGAACAGUUUGUCUUUUCUUGUUGUAUGGACACUUGCUUCUUCGGAAACAUCAGUUUCUGUCUCAUCAUGAGAGACUUGGGAUUUUUAUAAUGUGCAACCAAGCUUGUUUUCUUUCUCUGAACCUAGGAUAUCAUCCAUAAAUUAACAAUGCUAUGUACUGCCUAAAGAAAACUAAUAGCCAAUCGGUACCAAGAUAAGGAUCGAAUGAGCCCUAUAACAAAGAUUGCUCUUGAAAGUAGGAAUGGGUAUAAGGAAUGGAGAUAACCUACUGCUUUAAUAAUUUCAACAUUUAAAAAUGUUUUCCUUUAUUUCAACCAAACAAUGCAUUAAAUAUAUAUUUGGACCCGGAACAGGUUUCCAGUAUUUAUGCUUUUAAUCAAAAACAUUUUAUAACUAUCCUGCACCUGUUGUCCAAAUGUCCAGUACUCUAUACAGGCUCUGAUGUGUAGACCAGCAUAUAAUAAAAUGUGAUGGAUUUAUGGAGUGGCACUUAAAAAUGUUUUCCCCCUACUUGUUCACUUAAUUUGGUGACUCUGUGAAUGAAGUGCACAGUCUCUUGUUAAAUCCAUUCCAAGUACUAACAAAAAUAGUUUCUGAGGGGUAAAAUACAGCAAUGCACUUUAAUGGUUCUGAUUGAUCUGUGGAUACUUUGCAAUUAUGAAUGUAUGGGGUCAUCAAGGUAAUCUCUAACAGUAGGCUAUGAAACAUACAGUGGGAAAUUUGCAGAAUUGUUUACCAUUUGUUGAGGAGGUUCAUUGGGUAAUUGCUA